AAAUGGAUAAAUACGACGAUCUGGGACUGGAGGCUAGUAAAUUUUUGGAAGAUCUCAGUAUGUACGAAGCCUCCAAGGAUGGCCUCUUUCGGGUGGACAAAGUGGCUGGGAACAACCCGGAAUUUGAAGAAACCAGGCGAGUUUUUGCUACAAAGAUGGCCAAAAUCCACCUUCAGAAGCAGCGAGAACAAGAGGAGCUGAUGAAAGCAGUCUCAGGAGCCCCGAACGGCAGCGCUGGUUUUGUUACUCAUCCUCAGUUUCCAGGCCCUCCUGUAGCUAGAGGGGCCACAGGAACAAACAAAGUACAUUUGGGAGAAAAUAUUGCUAAACCUCCUUUGGCUGCGUCUUCAACGGUAUGUGCAGGACACCAGCUGGCCUUUCCAAAUCAGCCCCAGCUGCAUACCGAUGGAGAGCGGGCGAAGUUAUACCAAGAUGGCAAAAGAGCUGGUAGUGACCAUGAAUAUGGCGAGAGUCUUGGGGGUUCUGAAGUUCCUGGAGGACAAGGCUAUCACAGACCAGGCCAGGCAAGUCCAUGUAGUAUCAAAGCAGCGUUUUCUUCCCUGUCCCAUGAAGAGCCCAAUAACGGUGAUAACAGGACAGCUGUGCAUGGUUGCGGAAGAGAUGCUGAUAGGUUUUCCAGCCUGAAAUCUAACAUGGACUCCCAUUUAUGGUCAAACUUGAAUCAUAGCGAUGCACUUCAGAGAAGUCCUACGAGACUUCAAGCAGAUCUCCACCCGUACCAGCAGUCCCGAAGUUCUUGCAGAUCCUCCGAAAGUGGGUAUGGAAAUCGGGAAAUUGGAAGUGAGGGCCCUGGACUUAGUCAGAGCUGUGACCGAAACCCAGUUUGCCCAAGAACGUCAUCUUUUUCACAUGCUUGCACCCCUUUGUCCUCUUCUGUUGGUUUUGGUGAUGAAUUGUCUGUGGGACUUCCAAAACAGAGAUCUUCCUCAUUCUCUGCACAGCCUGCUCAGGCAGUUUUGAAUCAGCCUGAUCCCUUUCACCCAAACUGUGAACUUGAGACAUUGGCUAUUGCCUCCCCAAGUAAAAGCAUUGGUGACGGCCAAGCAAGGCGCAGCGAACAUUCUCCCUGUUCGGUUUCUGGUUCACUUCCUACUCCAUUACCUCCAAGUGUAGGUUAUCAGCAAGCCAACACUCAACCAAAGCCUACAGGCCAUUUUGUAGUUCAUGGUCAAAAUCACAGGCUUAAUUGUCCUGGAUCUGGCAUGGGUCCUCAGCAGAAUUCCAUCAGUGUAACAUCUCACGGGCCAAUGAUUUCCAAUGUUCCAAAAUCUCCUUUUAUAGAGGGCACUGCCAGUCUGCAGCAUGACUCAGGUCACCAAGAAACCUCCACUUCUUCAAAAAUAAAAUUGCCCUGUCAGACCCUCCUUCCACAGCAAGAACCAGGGCCAUCCACAGCGGAGUUAAAAUUAGAAGCUCUUACCCAGCGUCUGGAGCAGGAGAUGGAUGCUUGUCCCAAGGCUGACUACUUUGGGACCUGUGUGAAGUGCAACAAAGGUGUUUAUGGAGCAAACCAGGCUUGCCAGGCCAUGGGGAAUCUCUACCAUGAUGGAUGCUUUACCUGUGGCGCAUGUAGUCGAAAGUUGAGAGGGAAAGCCUUUUAUUUUGUUAAUGGGAAGGUGUUCUGUGAAGAAGACUUCUUGUAUUCUGGGUUCCAGCAAUCAGCUGAUAGAUGUUUCGUUUGUGGACAUUUGAUAAUGGACAUGAUUCUGCAGGCUCUGGGGAAGUCGUACCAUCCUGGCUGCUUCCGUUGCGUGAUCUGCAAUGAAUGUCUAGAUGGAGUGCCAUUUACGGUAGACAACGAGAACAAAAUCUACUGUGUUCGAGAUUACCACAAAGUUUUGGCUCCAAAAUGUGCAGCAUGUGGACUUCCUAUCCUACCAAGUGAGGGAUCUGAUGAAACUAUUCGUGUUGUGUCGAUGGACAAGGAUUACCAUGUGGAGUGCUACCGCUGCGAGGACUGUGGGAUGGAGCUCAAUGAUGAAGACGGGCAUCGCUGUUAUCCCCUGGGUGACCACCUGCUUUGCCACGCUUGUCACCUCGUGCACAUAGAGAAAGGCACGACUCCUGCGGCUGCAUACCUGCAUCAUUACUAG